AUGAUCGCGAAGUCAAGAUUAGGCGAAGACCAUGUUGCGAUCCUCCGCAAGCUAUUUGAGCGCCUACGUAAAUACCGAUUACGCCUCAAUCCCGCAAAGCGUGUAUUUGGGGCAAGGUCCGGGAAAUUAUUGGGCUUCAUGGUCGGUAGUAGGGGCAUCGAGAUCGAUCCGUCCAAGGUGAAGGCCAUAUGCGAGCUACGACCCCCAUCUUCUGUGAAGGAAGUUCGCGAUUUGCUGGGGAGAUUGAACUAUGUGGCAAGAUUCAUAUCCCGGCUAUCAGAGAUCGCCAGGCCAUUUUUCAAGCUUCUCAAGAAGAAUGCAAAGAUUGUAUGGGAUAUUGAAUGUCAGACCGCUUUCCUGAAAAUUCAGCAUUAUCUGACCCAUUCCCCGUUUCUGGUUCCGCCUGUUCCUGGUGUGCCUCUAAUCCUUUAUCCGACCAUUCACAAGGAGUCCUUGGGAGUCAGAUUGGAGCGAAAAAGACCAUCAGAUGGAAAAGAAUGCGCAAUAUACUAUCUCAGCAAGAAAUUCUCCGAUUCCCAAGCCAAUUACUCGGAGGUCGAGAAGACUUGCGUAGCUUUAGUUUGGGUAUUACACAGAUUGCGGCAGUAUACCCUUCACCAUCAGAUUAUGUUAACCACCGAAUGUGAUCCCAUCAAGUAUCCGCUGGAAAAGCCGGCGUUGGUUGGAAAAUUGGCCAAGUGGCAGAUUCUUAUUUCCGAGUUCGAUGUGCGGACCAUGACACAGAAGUCGGUGAAAGGUCGAGCUAUAGCAGACAUGUUAGCAGAGAGCGCUGCAGGAUCACAGAUUGAAGAUGGGAUAGAUCCUCUCGAUGAUCGUGUUUUACCGAUCACUACAGAAAAGUGGAUCAUGUACUUCGACGGAGCUGUUAGCUUAUCCGGAUCCGGCACGAGGGCAGUCCUUAUCUCUCCGGAUGGCCAACACUAUCCAGUAGCCGCUAAGUUAUUGUUUCCGUGCACCAAUAACAUCGCUGAAUACGAGGCCUGCAUUCUCGGGCUACAGGCUGCCGUAGAGAUGGAAAUCCGAAGACUGCAGGUUUAUGGCGACUCUGCUCUCAUUAUCCUUCAGACAGAAGGCAAGUGGAAAACUCGUGACCCGAAGUUGAUCCCAUAUCACGAGUUUCCGGAAGAUAUAAUCGAAGAGUUUGAUGAGAUAGCGUUCGAGUAUCUUCCCGAGCCCGAGAACCGGGUCGCAGACGCGUUGGCCACCUUAUCCUCAAUGUUCCAAGUGACUGCGGGUUCGGACAUCGAGCCAUUGAGAAUUGAAAUCUUGAAGCAUUCUGCUUACUCCAUGCUAAUAGAAGAAGAGGCAGAUAGAGAGCCCCGGUAUCAAGAUAUUAAGGUUUACCUGCAGACCGGAGAGUUUCCUGAAGGUAGUGAAGCGGCUGACAGGAAAUAUCCGAUGAAACUGUCUUCAAAGUUUUUCCUCGGCGGCGAUGCGUUGUACAAGAGGUCAUAUGACUCCGUUCUUCUGAGAUGCGUUGAUGCCAAGGAGGCCAAUCGGUUGAUGACCGAAAUCCAUGAGGCCAAGAACGUAGCCAGGUUUUUACGUCAAGAUAUAUUUGCCCGAUAUGGAGCGCCGGAGGCUAUAAUCACUGACAACGGCUCAAACCUCAACAACAAGGUGGUUGAUGAGGUUCUUGAGAUUCCAUCACUCAGGAUUCCAUCACGAUUGAAACUAUCAGAAGCAGAGUGGAUUCAACAGAGAUAUGAACAGUUGAAUAUGAUCGACGAGAAAAGACUGCAGGCUAUCUGUCAUGGUCGGUUUUACCAGAAACGUGUGGCAAAGUCGUUCAAUCGUAAAGUUCGUCCCCGGCUUUUCGAGAUCGGUGACUUGGUGUUGAAGAAGAGAUUAGCAUUUAUACCGCACCCCGGAGGCAAGUUCACGCCAAACUAUAAAGGGCCAUAUUUGAUCAAGAAAGUCCUCCCUGGUGGCGCGUUGAUUUUAGGCGAGAUGGACGGCCGUGUCCGGUCGAGCCCAGUAAAUGCCGAUAUGGUGAAGAAGUAUUUCCCAUGA